AUGACUGAAUCAGAUGGGACGGUAUCCCCGAUGUUUCCGAACGAAGCCCGCCUUCGUAACUUAACUUACUCUUCACCACUGUAUGUGGAUAUGAGCAAAUCGAACAAACUAGCCACCGGCGAGUUUGACGAAGAGACGGGAGAACCGAUUUACAUCGCCGAUGAUGUAGACAACGAUGAAAAAAAUUCGACUCAGAUUUAUAUUGGUAAAGUGCCUAUCAUGUUGCGGUCCGAGUUUUGUAUCCUCGAUAAACUGGAAGAUCCUGGUUUGUAUGAGUUAAAUGAAUGUCCAUUCGACCAAGGUGGUUAUUUCGUCAUUAAUGGAUCGGAGAAAGUGUUGAUUGCCCAAGAAAGAAUGGCAGCCAAUCAUGUCUAUGUGUUCGCCAAAGCGGGCCCCCUCGCCGUGGAGAAAGGUAGCAAGACGGUGAGCUCGAUGCAAGUGAAGAUGUACGGAGGUCACAAGGCCGAAAAAGCGGGGGGAGGUGCAACGAUCAAAACCACUCUUCCUUAUAUCAGAAACGAUAUCCCGAUCGUCGUCGUCUUUAGGGCUCUAGGAAUCAUCCCCGAUAAGGAUAUCUUGGAACAUAUCUGUUACGAUCGUAAUGAUACAGCGAUGUUUGAGAUGCUCAAACCGUGUUUAGAAGAUUCAUUCCCGAUCCAAGAGCAAGAAGUGGCGCUAGAUUUCAUAGGAAGGAGAGGAACAGCGACCGGGUUAUCAAGAGAAAAGCGGCUGAAAUAUGCCGAAGAGAUCUUACAGAAGGAGAUGUUACCACAUAUCUCGAUGUCAGAAGGACAACAAGGAAAGAAGGCAUAUUUCUUUGGAUACAUGAUUCAUCGACUCUUGUUAGCUGCAUUAGAUCGAAGAGACUUGGACGAUCGAGAUCAUUUCGGUAAAAAGCGUCUCGAUCUUGCUGGCCCCCUUCUGGCUGGUCUCUUUCGAAUGUUGUUUCGUAAACUGACUAAGGAUGUCUAUCGACAUCUACAAAAGUGUGUCGAGAUGCAAAAACCGUUCAAUCUGAAUGCAGCUGUCAAGUCGAAUACGAUUACGAAUGGACUGAAGUAUUCCUUGGCGACAGGGAAUUGGGGGGACCAGAAGAAGGCGAUGCAAGCUCGUGCAGGGGUUUCACAAGUCUUGAAUCGCUAUACAUUUGCAUCCACCUUAUCGCAUCUUAGACGAUGCAACACGCCGAUCGGCCGAGACGGGAAGAUAGCCAAGCCUCGACAACUGCAUAACUCCCAUUGGGGCAUGGUCUGUCCUGCCGAAACACCAGAAGGUCAAGCUUGUGGAUUGGUCAAGAAUCUCGCAUUGAUGUCUUACAUCUCUGUCGGCUCACCAUCCGCGCCGAUUGUCGAGUUCUUGGAGGAAUGGGGGAUGGAAAGUCUGGACGAGUUUUCAUCUGACAUGUCUAAUGGCACCAAGGUCUUCGUCAACGGGGUAUGGCAGGGAGUCCAUCGUGCACCAGCCGAGCUUCUCGAUACCAUCAAACGUCUACGACGGUGUGGAGAUAUCGAGCCGGAGGUAUCAGUGAUGAGGGACGUACGAGAACGAGAGCUGCGGGUGUUCACCGAUGGGGGUCGGGUCUGUCGGCCGUUAUUUAUCGUGGAAAACCAACAGUUACUGUUGAAGAAGGAGCACAUCGAAUGGCUGAGUAACGGAUGUGAGACGGCGGAAGAAGAUCAAGAUGCGGGGGAGGAAGCAGCGGAUGAUGGAGUUCCAUUUGGGUGGAGCCAAUUAGUCGCCAGAGGGAUCGUCGAAUAUCUGGAUGCUGAGGAGGAGGAAACGGUGAUGAUCUGUAUGACCCCUGAAGAGUUGGAACAGUCGAGAGAAUAUCAAGAGACGGGUCAGGUCCCUAAGGAAAAUUACGACCCCGCCGCGCGUCUCAAGGGUAAUACUAGCAUGUAUUCUCAUACUUGGACUCACUGCGAAAUCCAUCCGGCUAUGAUCUUGGGCAUCUGUGCUUCGAUCAUUCCCUUUCCUGACCAUAAUCAAUCUCCUCGAAACACAUACCAAUCAGCCAUGGGAAAACAAGCGAUGGGCGUCUAUCUAACGAACUUUAGGACGAGGAUGGACACGAUGGCGAACAUAUUGUAUUAUCCACAAAAGCCACUAGCGACGACACGUUCGAUGGAGUAUCUCAGGUUCCGAGAAUUGCCGGCGGGCCAGAAUGCGAUUGUGGCGAUCCUGUGUUAUUCGGGAUACAACCAAGAAGAUUCGGUGAUCAUGAACCAAUCGUCGAUCGAUCGUGGCCUCUUCAGGUCGUUCUACUACCGAUCAUACAUGGAUCAGGAGAAGAGGGCGGGUGCACUUCAGAUGGAAGAGUUUGAGAAGCCGACUCGAGACAGUACGCUGCGAUUAAAGCAUGGGACGUAUGAUAAGCUGGAUGAUGAUGGGAUCAUUACUCCGGGAACACGAGUCUCAGGGGACGACAUCAUCAUCGGGAAGACGGCGCCGAUUCCGAAGGAUAGUGAAGAGCUGGGACAACGGAUGAAGACGCACACGAAGCGAGACGUGUCGAUGCCGUUGAAGUCGACGGAGAACGGGAUCAUCGACCAAGUCCUGGUGACGACGAACCAGGACGGCCUGAAGUUUGUGAAGGUCCGGAUCCGCUCGACCCGGAUCCCGGAGACCGGCGACAAGUUUGCAUCCCGCCAUGGACAGAAGGGCACCGUCGGGAUCCUCUAUCGGCAGGAAGACAUGCCCUUCACCUCGGAAGGCGUGUGUCCAGAUAUCAUCAUUAACCCUCAUGCUAUCCCCUCUCGAAUGACGAUCGGCCAUCUGGUCGAAUGUCUCUUGAGCAAAGUCUCCACAAUCACCGGGAACGAAGGCGAUGCGACCCCGUUUAGCGAAGUGACCGUCGAGGCGAUCUCCGCCUUGCUCAAAGAUAAGGGCUACCAAUCCCGUGGAUUGGAGAUCAUGUUCAACGGCCAUACCGGAAAGAAACUCCGGGCUCAAUGCUAUCUCGGGCCCACUUAUUAUCAACGGCUCAAACACAUGGUCAAUGAUAAGAUCCAUUCCAGAGCUAGAGGACCCGUCCAGAUCUUGACUAGACAACCUGUCGAAGGACGGUCUAGAGACGGGGGACUCCGGUUCGGAGAGAUGGAAAGAGAUUGUAUGAUCUCCCACGGGAUCGCAGGGUUUUUGAAAGAGAGAAUGUUCGAUGUUAGUGAUGCAUAUCGAGUGCAUGUCUGUGACUUUUGUGGGAUGGUGGCGAUCGCGAAUCUGAAGAAACAGUCGUUCGAGUGUCGGUCUUGUCGGAAUAAAACGGCCAUUUCGCAAGUCUAUAUUCCUUAUGCUGCCAAACUGCUUUUCCAGGAACUUCAGUCUAUGAAUAUCGCCAGUCGGUUUGUUUUUGAGAGUGCUGGGGAACAUGUUUCGAGAGGUGAUAUGAUUAUGUAA